AUGGUAUUUUCAGUUCUACUUUUCUAUUCCUUUUUCAAAUCCCUAGUAGGGAAGGACGUUGUAGUCGAAUUGAAGAAUGAUCUAAGCAUAUGUGGAACGUUACAUUCGGUGGAUCAGUACCUGAAUAUAAAGCUCACAGAUAUCAGCGUGACCGAUCCGGAAAAGUAUCCGCACAUGCUGUCGGUAAAGAAUUGUUUCAUCCGUGGUUCGGUCGUAAGAUAUGUUCAACUGCCAGGCGAUGAAGUGGACACACAACUGCUGCAGGAUGCUGCACGAAAAGAAGCUGUAACAAGCGUACGAUAA